CUCGGGUCGCCACGGCAACAGGCAGCGCGUCCCGCUUCGGAUUCCCGGGCCUUCCCGGCCAAGGAGGGCGGCGGGAGGACGACGGAGUGGAGCCGAAUGGCGCGGGAGGUGAAGGGACCCAAGCCGUUCUCGAUCGCCUUCAGGGCCACAUUUCCCAAACCAAAUGUCGCUGCAAAGCAACUUAUAUCCUGGAGAAAUGAAGAACAAAAGCGCCAUGAAGCUGCAAUGUAUGCCAAGGCCCAUCUCCUCGGCCGUCAGAUCAAUGAAAGGGAAGAGCUGGAUGAACGCAGACAGCUGGAUCGGCUUGUCCAGAAGAGGGUUGAUGCUGAAAUGCAGGCCUAUUUAGCAGGAGAAGAAGAGAGGAGGGAGAGGCUCCGGGAUCUUUUGGAAGCUGAGGAAAAAGCCUACCUUGCUGAAAUAGAAUUGCAGGAAGAAACCAUGGAGGAUAGGCGAAAGGAAAUGAGAUUGCGAGCGAAACAGCUGAGAGACAAAAGGGAAGAAGCCAGAAGGAAGGUGGUGGCAGAAAAAAAGGAACAGCAAUUCAGAGAAUCCUGUGAGGAGCUGCGGACCCAGUGGAGCAAGAAACAUCUGAUGGAGGUUUGUGAAGACCGAAUGGCCCAGUUGGCUUUAAAGGAGGAACUGAAAAAGCAAAAGCAGAUGGAAGAAGCAACCUAUCUGGCACUCUGGGAAGAGGACAGGUUGGCCAAGGAAAAACGGGACAUGGAGGAAGCCCAGAAAAGACAAAAAGAGGAAGAGGAACGGCUUCUGUUUAAACUAGAGGAUGAACGAGCUGAGAUGGAGAGACGUCGGAAGCUGAGAGAAUGUAGAGACAUGCUGCUAGAUUCCAUGGAGGAGAAGAGGAAGCGUCUCAAUGAAGCCAAGCAGGAAGAGCUGGCUUUAGAUAUGAAGAUCCUGGAUCGCAUCCUGCAAGAAUCUCAGGAAGACACUGAGGGCCAAAAGCAACGAAAAAAAGAGCUCUUUAAAGAGCAGCAGCUCUAUCGGGCGUACUUGGCACAACAGAUGGAGGAGGAGAAACAGCGGGAAAAAGAACUGGACAAGCUGCGGGCCGAGGAGACCGCGAAGAUGUGGGCAGAGAGGGCUGCCAAGGAGAAGGCCUUAAAGGAUGCCAGAGAGACCUUGCUGAGGGAGGUCCUGGAUACAAGGCGGCUUCAGAUUGAGGAGAAACUGCAACGAAAUGCCCAGGAACAAGAGGCACUUGCUCAGGACAGGGAGCUGUUGAAUGCAGCCCUUCUAGAAUACAACCGUCUGGAAGAGGAGAGAUAUGCAAGGCGCCUACGACAGGAAAAGGAAUAUCGGGAAGAACUCCAAACUCAGUUCAGUCACAUCAAGCAAAGGCAAGAGGCUGAGAAGGAAGAAGAGCGCCGUGAAUAUGAGAUGGCACUCGAAGCAGAGAAGCUUUAUCAGCAAAAGAUAGCAGAUGUCCUGUCAAGGCCUUACAUGAAAAUGAAGGAUAUCCAUCCCUUACGAAGGCACCUUGUCCGUAGUGCUCCAUCUUAGUAGAGCUGUUAUGCAUGAAUACAAUAUAUAUUUAUAGUUCACUGCAUUUGCUGUAUUUGUAACCAUCAACUAGCAGUUCAACAAAUGCAUUCUGAUCGGGAAAGGUAAUGGAUAAGACAUAAGAACACUUCCUUAAAGAGAACAUGUUUUCUACUUCUUUUCCCUUGCUGUUUAAAUAAAGGAUAUAGAAU